GCUCACUUGCAAUCCGGCUGUGCUACAAACCACAUCUAAAAUUGUGCUAUCAAAAAAAAAACUUAAAAACCUCUAAAAUUGUGAAUUUUAAAAAAAACCUCAAAAAAAGUAAAAUCAUUUUCGUUUAUUAAUUCCUAGGAAAAUAAAAAUGAAUCGCGGAAAAAACUUAAAACGCUCCAAAACCGUACAUGAUAUAAGUGUGCAUUCCGACGAUUACCGCAAGUCGCAGAAGAAAAUGAUGAACCGCGGAAACAACUUCGAACGCGAGAAAUCUAUGGCUAUGGCAUCCGGGAGUGAGGGAUCCAACUCUGAUUAUGAGGCAUCCAAUGCAGGCCGCAAUGCGCCGAAAAUGAUGAACCGUGGUAAUAACCCCAAACGCUUCAAUUCAGUAUCUUUUCCGCGUAUGAGCUACGACGGCGAAAGAUACAAUUCGGCCCCGGAAAUGUCUUCAAAGAUGAAACAAGUUGGUCGCAAGUUCGGUCGCAAGAAGCGUGGGGAUAUGCGCACUGUAGCCAAACCGGUAGAAGUACGUAAUUCGGCUAUGGCAUUCGGGGACGAUGAUUCCACCUCUGAAAAUGAGGAAUUACAUGGAGACCGCUAUUCCCAGGAAAUUAUGAACCGCGGUAACAACUCAAAGCGCUUCAAGUCGGAAGGUGUUUCGCCUAGGGAUACCGUGAGCGAAUUAUACAAUUCCUUUUUUGCGUCAUCUGGUUCAUUCCGCAAUCCGCAGCAAAUGAUGAACCGCGGUAACAACUUCGAACGCCUGGAUCUAGAAGCUGAUUCGGCUAUGACAACCGCGAGUGAGGGAUCCACUACUGAUGAUGUGGAAUCCGAUACAGACGGCAACGAGGAAAUGAUGAACUACUUUAAGAACUUAGAACGCCAGGAAUCGGCCAUGGAAUCCGGGGGAACAAGCUCUGAAUUUGUGGCAACCGAUACAGGGCGCACUUUGCAGAAGAUGCCAAAGGAUUGGAAGAAGUGGUCUCUAACGCAGAGAAAGAAGGCCUUUUAUCGCUUGAGGAACGAGCGUGAUCGCAAGCGUAACCAAACACCCGACAAUCCUCCAAAGGAGCCUAUGCGCACUGUUGCUGAAGUGGUAAUAGAAGUCCCUACUUCGGCUGUGGCAUCCGGGGACGAAGGUUCAAGCGGGGAAAAUAACAAAACCCGUCGGGCCUGCGGUACCAUUGUUGUGCCCAAUGAGAUCUUAGUGGCUGGUCACAACUAUAUUAAAUGUACUCUUACCCUUAAAGUGGAGCCCAACGAGGAAUAAAUAACCAUGGCCAACUUGGUUGAUGCCAAAUGGAAAUUUCCAUAAGAA